CAUAUUGUAAUGCAGACGUCAGCUCAAAUGCUUGGAAGAAUGUGUCUCCGGAAUCGUGUAUUGGUUCUGUUAACCGUAUGCUCAUGUUGCUAUAGGAGAUGAUACUUCGCCACUCUCGGGCGUUCCAUGUUGCAAAUUGUACCGCCCCGGUUCGAGGUCUCACACUUUGUCCACUCUCCCCUAGAUAAAUGGCCGUUGAAUCCACGGAAAAUGUGAUCCCAAUCAACUCCUCCCUCCACGCUUCUCAGUUGCUCUUCGCUUCUCAAGGAUCAUCACCAUGGCCGCGCCAUUCCCAGCACCGGUGCCUACUUGGCACACCACGACUUAUCCAGCUUUAUCCCCGACCCGCCCAGAACUCUCUGUCAAAGGCAAGACAGUCGUGGUCACAGGAGGAGGAACCGGUAUUGGCGCCGAAACUGCUCGAUAUUUUGCCCGUGCAGGCGCCUCACGGAUCGCGCUUCUCGGUCGGAGAGAACAACCCCUCCUCGAUACCAAAGCCGACAUCGAGCGUGAAUUUAGCGAUGUUGAAGUAUUCGCCGCAUCAACGGACGUUACGAUCAAGAGUUCCGUAGAUGCAGCCUUCUCCCGGUUCCUUGGAGAAGGGAAAAAGAUCGAUAUCUUGGUCAGCAAUGCAGCCGUCAUUGGGGCCAAGGAACCUUUGAAGGAUGUGGAUGGGGAGAGCUUGCUGCAUGGCAUUCAGCAGAACAUCGCCGGGGCUUUGUAUGUCGCCCAAGCAUUUCUCCGCUUUGCUGCGAAGGAUGCAGUCGUCAUCAAUGUCUCGUCGGGCGCGGCGCAUCUGGACAUCAUGCACAAGUACGCCGGCUACAAUGUUGCAAAGAUUGCAGUUGUUCGGCUUUGGAAUUCCAUCGUUUAUGAGAAUCCGGAGGUCACCGUGUUCCAUGUCCAACCUGGCGUGGUAGAUACUGCGAUGAACCGCGAGGCAGGGGGUGUCGCGGCUCUUGGGGUAAAAGAUGAUGCUUCGCUACCAGCAAGCUUCAUGGUCUGGCUCUCAAGCCCAGAAGCUCGAUUCUUGAAGGGUAAAUUCGUAUGGGCGAAUUGGGAUGUGGAUGAACUGAAGUCUCGGGCCAAAGAAAUCGAGUCCUCAACCUUCCUGGAGAUUGGGCUGAAUGGAUGGCCAUUUGCUUAGGAUUUUGCAUCUUGAACAGGUAUCCUACUCGCUUAGAGAUGGUAGCUAUCAACGUCAGAGACCAGUUCAUGCAAGACCAAGCUAUCCGUACAUGCAGAUCGUGCCUUUAAGUGCUUUCACCCAAACUCAAAGCGGUCGCGCCAGUAGUAAGCGGCAGAAUUCAAGCCAGUAAAUAAAUAUGCAAUGACAUCAACAUACCUCAAGAUGAAACAUAGUCAAAAGUGCGG